AUAAAAAUAAGAACUUUUUGAGGUGAAGGAAGAAAAGUCACACUUUCCAGUUUCCACCCUCUUUCCUUCUCCAUUUUCGCUGUUACUUUUCCACCUUUAUAAGAGCCGCCCAUCACUCAUUCAUUCCAUCAUCACAUUUUCUUCAUUCAUAGUCAAAUCAUCAAACAAUCUUCUUAAAUUCACUAUCAAAUCACACUAUUUUUACAACUAACUAAUUCAUCAUGGGUAUAGAGAUUACCCAUCAAGAAUCAACCCUAAAUUCUACUUUACUUGAAUUAGCUGCUUCGGAUGACCUAAAAAACUUCAAAUUAGCUGUUGAAUCACUUGGUUUGUCGAUUGAUGAUGUGGGUAUUUGGUAUAGUCGUCGAAUCGGGUCGAAUAAGAUGGGUUAUGAACAACGAACUCCUCUUAUGAUUGCUGCACAAUAUGGAAGUGUGAAUGUUCUUGAUUAUAUACUUGAUUCGGGUAAUAACCCAGUUGAUGUUAAUCGGGUUUCCGGGUCGGAUCGAGUUACUGCUCUUCACUGUGCUGUUGCUGGAUGUUCUCAGUCUUGUGAUUAUGUCAUUCAGCGGCUUAUUUCUUCUUCUGCUAAUCUCAACAUCCUUGAUGCUAAUGGUAAUAGAGCAUCUGAUUUGAUUCCUAUGUUACUGAAAUCAUCCAGUAAGGGAAACAAACAAUUUGAAACCAUGCUGAAAUCAUCUGGGUCUGAUUCUGAUGUAAGUUCAACUUCAGGGUCAGUUUCGGAUUCCGAUUCCGAUUCCAAGAAGGAAUUUUCUGUGUCUGAACUGCCUGACAUAAACAUUGGAGUAUAUGGAAGUGAUGAAUUUAGGAUGUAUUGUUUCAAAAUCAAGCCUUGUUCAAGGGCUUACACCCAUGAUUGGACUGAAUGCCCAUUUGCUCACCCAGGUGAAAAUGCAAGGAGAAGGGACCCACAAAAGUAUCAGUACACUUGUGUGCCAUGCCCUGAAUUCAAAAAGGGUAGCUGUAAAAAGGGCGACGAUUGUGAGUUCGCUCAUGGGGUGUUCGAGUCGUGGCUUCACCCGGCUCAGUAUCGAACCCGUUUGUGUAAGGAUGAGAUUGGGUGUGCAAGGAAAGUUUGUUUCUUUGCUCAUCGGAAAGACGAAUUACGCCCUGUUUAUGCUUCGACAGGUUCGGCUUUGCCUGAUGUAUCGUCUCCUGGAAGCGGGUUUAGUGCUAAUUCUACGUCCACUCCUCCGAUGUCCCCAUCGUGUGCUCCAUUGUCUCCUAACAACGGAGCAUCACCGGGUGCAGAAGGGGUGUUUCAGGGGAAGUCUAACUUAAUGUCACCCCCUAACUUGCUACUACCCGGAAGCAGGUUACGGUCGAGCUUUAAUGCUCGAGAUAUUGAGUCAGAAAUUGAAAUGGAAAGUUGGGUUGUAAACCGACAACAUCAAUAUAACCAACACCACCACCAAGUUCUUUCACCCAGGCCGUCGCCUGGGUGGAAGAACAACAAUAUAGGAAGAUUUAGUGACGUGAUACCGGCUACAAAUCUUGAACCCGCGUUUGGAUCGAUCAAUGUGGCUAGGAAAUUAUCCCCACCAAAUGUCGUGGAAUUGCCACGCAGGAAGCUAUCGCCUCCAAGAGCAUUAGACUCGCCAAAAUCAAUGGCUGCAGCAUUGCUGAACUCUCGAGCUGCUGCCUUCACUAGGCGAAGUCAGAGCUUCGUUGAUAGAGCCGGAUCAUCACCUGCUAACAUGUCUAGUCCUAUGCCAACCAAUAUGUCUGAUUGGGGUUCACCAAAUGGUAAAUUAGAUUGGGGAAUCAAUGGACAAGAGCUUAAUAAGCUAAGGAAGUCGAAUUCAUUUGGAAUUCGGGGUGCUACCAACAAUGUAACUCGAAGUUCUCCACCCGGGUUCAAUGAACCGGAUGUUUCUUGGGUUAACUCUUUGGUCAAGGACGAGGCCGGUGUUGCAAACUUGGGAGCUAAGGCGGGUAGUUUUGGUCGUAAUGGUAUUCGAGCUCGGAAUAUUUGUUCACCAUGGGAGCAAUUGUAUAUAGAAGAACAAGUUGUUAUUUAAGUACAAGGAGGUUUUAGGCCUUUGCUAACCAAAAGAGAUCGAGUUUUAUUUAUUUGAAUUUAUUGUUAUACAUUAGUAAUAUAUGCCAAAAAGAAUUUAGGAAUUGAGGAAAAAUCAUUGUAUAGUACUGGUAAGUAGAAUAUAUUAAUUUUAUUGUUUUUCCUUAAGAAUAAGGAUAUUUGAUCUCUUGUGCAUGUAGGAGUAUGGUUUCCUCUCCUAAGGAAAUCAUAGAAGUUGUUUUAAGUGCAAGUUUUUUGUUCAACAAUGUACUUACUAUUACUCAAUUUAUACUUUAUUUGUCUUGUUGGUUUCACAAGACUUCUAUA